UAAGUAAAAAUAGACAUUUAUUUAUUCACGUGUAAGAGUUUUGAUUCAGUUUCCCGCAGCUCAAAAAACUCUGGUCCAUCUUUUCGAGUUAGCUUAAAAUGUGUUGUGAAACAAAAAUACAAGUGUAUGAUUAGUGAUGAGCAUUUGAAGAUUUUGAAGAAGUAUUGUUGAUUUCUGUUGGACCAACUUGGACUUGUGAACCUUGCAAAUGAGAGUGUGAGUCAGAUGUCCAACUCUUUGAUUAGUAUAUGAUAUUUAUAUCCGUUUGGUCAAAACUUUCACAAAUUUGUUAUGUUUCUAUCCAUAAAACCACUGGACCACACUUAUACUGAGAUUUUCUUGGUCCUUUUUGCUAAUCUACAUUUUGUGUAUACAUGUUUGAGACAAUCUCUUGCUGUAUUGUUAGAUUCAUAAAAGAUACCUUUACUCAAAAUAGAAGAAGAAUGCAUACGACUCCGACUACUAGGUCGUUCCUCUAUUUAUGAGUAAUCCUGAACACAACCACACAACCAUUCGCUCUUUUUUUCUACAGACAAAAACUAAUUGAUUCAGAAAACACCAUGUUUGGUUACUUGAAGCUCAACCACCAAACCAAGAAAUUGCUUAUAUCUUUAUUAUACGCAACUGUUUCCGUGUACAAAUAAAACACUAGUUUUGGUCCUUUUUUUUCUAUAUUUGUGGCAGGCAAAUGAUUUAAAUUAAAAAUCCUAACCACAAAAAAAAAAAAAUUCAAGAACAAGAAAGCUACUGAGUGUGAGAUCUUUCACCGCCUAUAUAAACAUCAAACAGCCGUUGCUCUGCUCCGGCGACAUUGCCGGGCUCUCUCUGUUUGCUGGUCAAUGGAUGCUCUCCGAGUCCAGCUAAGCUUAGCUUCCCUCACUUCCUCCGUUGUCGCCUCUUCUCUACUCAGUCAACAACCCCGUCUUCACUUCUCCUCGUUGCAGCUCGGCCGUGUCGGCUCGUCUCCUCCGGCGAACGGAUCUGUCUCGGCAAAUGAAACCUGCACGGCUGACGAACUCCACUACGUUCCUGUUCCCAACUCCGAUUGGCGCGCCGCCCUCUGGAGAUAUCUUCCUUCCCCAAAGGCACCGAAGAGGAAACAUCCUUUGCUUCUAUUGUCUGGGAUUGCGAGCAAUGCCUUCACCUACGACCUUUCCCCUGAGUGUUCCUUUGCAAGGUUCAUGUCUGGUUCAGGGUUUGAUACAUGGAUUCUUGAGCUACGUGGAGCUGGAUUGAGUUCUCUUAAUGUUGAUGCAGAUCUUGGAUCCAGAAACGGCGAGCAGCAGAUAGUUUUAGACCUAUUGGAGAAUGUUAUAAACGUAUCUGAGAGGAUGGAAAAUGUUCUUGAUGAAGGUUUCAAGAUCCUGGGGCUGCAAGAUCGUCUAUCCAAGAGAGUGGGAGAUUUCAAGCAGCGGCUUGAACUUAUCCCUCGUUACAAUUGGGAUUUUGAUAACUAUCUAGAUGAAGAUAUUCCUUCUGCGAUGGAGUAUGUGAGGACUCAAACCAAGCCAAAAGAUGGGAAGCUGUUAGCGAUUGGUCACUCAAUGGGUGGUAUGUUGUUAUAUGCCUUGCUCUCAAGAUGUGGCUUUAAAGGAAUGGAUUCAGGGUUGGCUUCUGUAACCACUAUUGCAUCAACAUUUGACUACUCAUCCUCAGGAACACUCCUCAAAUACCUAUUACCCGUGGCAAAGCCAGCCCAAGCACUUAACGUGUCUGCCUUACCAAUUGAUACAAUGCUAGAGAUGGCUCACCCUCUAAUAUGUCGUCCUCCCUAUGCUUUGUCUUGGCUAACUACUAAUAUCUCUGCUCCUCAAAUGAUGGACCCUGAAGUGAUUGAGAAGCUUGUUUUGAACAGCUUAUGCCCCGUACCAACUAAGCUUCUGUAUCAGCUAGCAACAUCCGUGGACAAAGGUGGGCUGCGUGACAGAACCGGUAGUUUCUAUUACAAGGAUCAUAUCAGCACAACCAAUGUCCCAAUUUUAGCUCUUGCAGGGGACUGGGACAUAGUCUGCCCUCCUGAUGCAGUAUAUGAGACUGUAAAGCUGAUCCCACAACAUAUAGCCACUUUUAAAGUUUUUGGUUCACCUGGAGGUCCACAUUAUGGCCACCAGGAUAUGAUCUCUGGUCGAACGGCCCAGAGCGAGAUAUAUCCAUUGGUUAUUCAAUUUCUUCAGCGCCAUGAUCAGAGUUAAUCAGUGAAAAAUCAAAUGGAAUUUGAUUCUUAUGUUUCUGUAAAAGAAGGUAUAUAUAACAUUCCACACAUACAUUCAUUCAUGUAUACAAUUUUCACACAUUUAUCAGGUUUAUCUGGGACCUCAAAAACAGUAUUGUAAAAAUAUAGUUGUCUUAUAAACAUCUUUCAUUGAUGAAUUAGUACGUUAACAUCAUUGAAUUGACCUCA